AUGAUCAGUUUUAGUCGCAAAUCAUGUUCCUGUCGAAACGAACGUGCAUUUCUCCAGAGACAUGUGCCUCAGGACAAGCUUGAUGAAGUCCUGAAACGCAGAGCUGCAGAGUACAGGAAACACCAGAUCAGGACAAAAGCAAGCCUAGACGUCCUACUCAUAGCUCCUUCCAACUCUCCUCUUCAGUAUCCUGUUCAUGGCUUCACAGUUGAACCUUUGAAAAAGACACCGAUACCAGGUUUAGCUGUGCAUUCCACUGAAAGGACAGUAUAUAAGGUGUCAUUGAGUGUGUCCAGUGGUGUUCUGUCUGUGGAAGGCACAACAGACAUGGACCUGGUGGCGGGUCAGGGUCAGAAUAAGCUCAACAUCUCAACCAAAGAUGUGACCCAGCUGAAUCAACUGCUGAGUCAAGUGUCUUACACCAGCACCAUCUACCACAUCAAGACCAAGGACUUUGCAAACUUCACAUUUGAGGACCAUGCAGUCAUGUUUCCCAUUAUCAUUAAGAGGUCUUCUAUGCCUGUUUUAGCUGAUCCUGGAACAGAUAUCGGCUCCCAAGUGACAAUUACAACUAAGACAUUCUUGAGGUACAAGGAACUUAAUGUCCUAAUUAAUAGUAUCCGGAGGUAUUACAAGGACAUGAAAAUAAUAAUUGCAGAUGACAGUUUAAACCCACAAAAGGUGAAUGGAACCAACAUUGAGCAAUACAUUAUGCCCCCAGCUCAGGGCUGGUUUGCCGGCAGGAACUUAGCUGUCUCUCAGGUGAUGACCAAGUACUUUCUGUGGGUAGAUGAUGAUUUCUUGUUUAUUGAUGAUACAAAGAUUGAGAAGUUUGUGGAGGUCAUGGAGGCUGUGCCAGAGUUGGACGUUGUAGCGGGAGGCGUGGGCCGAGACCGGGUCUACUUCAAAGUAAAAUAUGAGGAGGGAGACGUGGAAGAGGGAGGCUGUCUGACCAGGUUUAUUGGCCAGAGCCACCAGACCCUUCCUGGUCAACCACAUUGCUCCCUGGUUGAUGGUGUUGUCAACUUCUUCUUGGCCCGAACGGACUCAGUGAGGAGGGUGGGCUUUGACCCUUUCCUGAAAAGAGUGGGCCACAGUGAGUUCUUCUUUGACGGCCUCGGAGAUCUUUUGGUUGCGACUUGUGGUGGUGUCAAAAUUGGUCAUCAACGGAAAGUCAAUCAGGGCAAGUAUCUUAAAUACAGGAGGCAGAAGGAAGCUGAUGCAACAUUAAAACUGGCCCACCAGUUCUUCAAGAACCAUCUAAAAUGUUUCUAA